UCACCGAAGUCGGCCAUAUUCUUUCCGACAUUUUGACAUUUACCUCCCGGUUUGCUAUUUCGUAUUGGAAAACCUUCUCUUGUAACUUUCAACAUGGAUGAAGAAUACGACGCAAUAGUUCUGGGAACCGGCUUGAAGGAAUGCAUUCUCAGUGGAAUGCUCUCCGUGUCCGGAAAAAAGGUAUUGCACAUUGAUCGUAAUAAGUACUACGGCGGUGAAUCUGCGUCAAUUACCCCGUUAGAAGAAUUGUUCGCAAAGUUCAACGCACCGGCCCCUGAUGAAACAUACGGCCGAGGUCGCGACUGGAAUGUAGAUUUGAUUCCUAAACUUUUAAUGGCCAAUGGGCUCCUUGUGAAACUACUCAUUCACACGGGUGUGACCCGAUAUUUGGAAUUCAAAUCCGUGGAAGGCAGCUAUGUCUACAAAGGAGGAAAGAUAUCGAAAGUGCCCGUCGACCAAAAAGAGGCGUUGGCGUCCGAUCUUAUGGGGAUGUUCGAGAAAAGGCGCUUCCGCAACUUCCUAAUUUACGUUCAAGAUUUCCAGGAAGAUGAUGCCAAGACUUGGAAAGAUUUUGACCCUAGUACGGCCAACAUGCAGUCGCUGUAUGACAAAUUUGGUCUUGACAAGAACACUCAAGACUUCACCGGCCAUGCACUGGCCCUCUACCUCAAUGAUAACUACCUCCAGCAACCUGCUAUACAAACCAUUCGCCGCAUUAAACUUUACUCUGACUCACUUGCAAGAUAUGGAAAGUCUCCCUACCUGUACCCCAUGUACGGUCUGGGUGAGUUGCCCCAAGGAUUUGCUCGUCUCUCUGCCAUUUAUGGAGGCACCUACAUGUUGGACAAACCCAUUGAUGAAAUAGUUCUUGGAGAGGGUGGAAAAGUUGUUGGUGUACGCUCUGGCAAUGAAAUUGCCAAAUGUAAGCAGGUGUACUGCGACCCCAGCUAUGUACCUGACCGUGUCCGCAAGAAGGCCCAGGUCAUCCGAUGCAUCUGUUUAUUGGAUCACCCCAUUCCAAACACUAAAGAUGCUCUAUCUACCCAAAUUAUCAUUCCCCAAAAACAAGUAGGCAGGAAUUCUGACAUUUACAUAUCUGUUGUGUCCUACACACAUCAGGUGGCAGCCAAGGGCUGGUUCAUUGCUAUGGUGUCUACCACGGUUGAGACCAAUGACCCAGAAUCUGAAAUCAAGCCUGGUUUGGACCUCCUUGGUCCCAUCCGACAGAAGUUUGUGUCUGUAUCGGACUACUAUGAGCCACUGGAUGAUGGCACUCAGAGCCAAAUCUUCAUAUCUGAGUCUUAUGAUGCCACCACACACUUUGAGACAACCUGCUUAGAUGUGAUCAAAAUAUACAAGUUUGGCACAGGUGAAGAGUUUGACUUCUCCAAAGUUAAAGUGGAGCUUGGAGAGGAAGAACAGUGAAUUAUCAUAUAUCAUAUUUAUGUACAUUGCUUGUUAAUUUUAUAUUUGUUUAAGAACUGUUCUGGCAUCAAUAACAAUAUUCUCUAGGGAUUUUGGGUUAACAAUAUUUAAGAGCUUAGUGUACCAAUAGUAGAUCAAGUAUUAAUGUAUGUACAAUGCUCCCAGUUGUUCCAAAAAUGAUUUUAUGCAUUUUAUUGCCAAAAAAAAAAUUAUUUAAAGGAAUUUAUACUUUAUUUAAGGCUGCUUUUUAAGUAUACAAAGCUAUUAUGAUCUGCACAAGUGGUAGGUUAUUUGUACCAGAUGUUAUGCAUUCCAAUUUGGUAAUUGUUUGAUUCUGUAACCAUAUCAUACUUGUAACAAGUCAAAAUUUAUGAAUGCUCAUUAUACCUAUAUGUUGUGUAAGAUCAUGAAUAAAAGUUAUAAUUAUGA